GUGGUAUAUAUUAUAAAACAAGAAUACCAAAGUUUGGAAGAGACUUGGCUUAUCAUUACCCCACAUGCGAUCUUCUAAUAGCUGCUUCUUCAUAUGAAGUAUAUCGUUUAAACUUAAAUCAAGGACGAUUUUUAAAUCCUAUCUCUACUGAUGCCACAUCUGGUGUUAAUGUUAGUGUAAUUAAUCCUGCUCAUCAACUUUUUGGGUUUGGCACGCAAGAUGGUGUCGUAGAAUUUUGGGAUCCACGGUCUCGGUCGCGUGUUGGGUUGUUAGCUCCAUCUUUUCCAGGAGACGAUUUUAAUAAUCAAGAAUUUCAGAUUACCGCAAUGUCAUAUAAAAAUGAUGGACUUUCUUUGGCAGUAGGAACUUCAACAGGUCACAUAUUGUUAUAUGAUUUAAGAAGUUCAUCACCAUGGUUAGUCAAAGACCAUCAGUAUGGUUACCCGAUAAAAAGUGUCAAUUGGUAUGAUAAUACUACGGGUGAUGGAAGUCGAGGAAAAGUUAUUAGUGCAGAUUGUAAAAUUAUGAAAAUAUGGGAUCGAGAAAAUCCUAGCACAGAUAUCAAUGAUGUGUGUAUUGUGCCAGAUUCUGGAUUAAUUUUUAUUGCUAACGAGGGUAUACAAAUUGGUGCAUAUUAUAUACCUUCGCUGGGUCAUGCACCAAGAUGGUGCUCAUUUUUGGAUAACUUAACG